ACGUCACUUCCUCCUGAGCUUUGGUACUUCUUGUUUGGGUUGCAGACAGGAAGAGGAGAGGAGGUUCCUCUCUGGUAUUAACAAAAGGAGAUGCUUGACAGCUUCAACACUUGUAUCUACUCUUAAUCGUGCCACUCGAAGUAUAUGUAGAAGUUUUUAUUUCCUUUAGGGUAUCAUAAAUAAAUUGCUCUUCGGUAGGUAGCUCUGAGGUAGCUAUCCUUAGCAACCACCCAAAACGCCAAAUGAACGCAGCAGCAUUCCCUUCCCCCACGGCAGAAAUGGCGGAGAUCAACCGUAUCCAGUAUGAGCUAGAGUACACCGAAGGGAUCAGCCAGAGGAUGCGUAUUCCUGAGAUGCUCAAAGUGGGUCCUCAAGCUCACGAGGACCCUAAUGUUGGAUCUCAGGAGGUCCCCCACAGUGUGAUAAUGCAAGUCCCAGAGAGAAUUGUGGUUGCAGGUGACAGCAAUGACCCCCAGUUUUCCAGACCCAGAGACCUGGACCUAAUCCAGUCAACACCACUAGAAACCCUAUCACUUAAGACUCCACCCAGAGUCCUCACCCUCAGUGAGCGACCCCUGGACUUCCUGGAAGAGGACCAACGCGUAGCUCCAGAUAGUGAAGAAGUGUUGCGGCCCCAGGGACGAUUACGGCGGGAACGCUCAGCCAGUGAGAACGCAGCUGCUCGUCAUAACAGUCAUCUAACGCACAAUGAUUCUGCUGCGACCCCACCCCCCCCAACCACUGUCCACCCUUGCCCCCCUCUCACCGUGACUGAGGACGAACACAACCUGUACAGCGCUAGCGGUGUUCUAUCUUUCAUCCAGUCCACUACACGUCGGGCUUACCAGCAAGUCUUGGAGGUCUUGGAUGAGAACCCUCGCAGCAAACCAUCACUGAGAGGGGGGUCUGCCUCAAGCUCCAACCCCCUGCAUGAAUCCAGGCUUGCAUUGUCGACUUAUGAAGCCACACUGGACGGGGGACCUGAUGACAUGACUCUGGUUGAUGCAACAACACUUCGACGUCAGCUCAUCAAGUUGAACCGGAGACUCCAACAUCUGGAGGAGGAGAACAAGGAGCGAGCAAAACGGGAGAUGAUCCUCUACUCGGUCACUGUAGCUUUCUGGCUUAUCAACACCUGGGUGUGGUUGAGACGUUAGAGCCAGCCUGAGUUUCUGCCAUCACGCACUAUCCCUUAAUCUGUGUCAAAUGUUAGCUAUUUGCUGCACUCAGUCCCUGUCAGGAAGACCUUGAUACAUUUGUACUAGGCCUGUUGCCUACAGGGAUGAUAUUUUCAUUUUGUUAAUUUAACACAUGUACAGUUUUAUUUUUUUACUCUUAUUUCAUCUUGUCUCCCGCUUCCUCGUGUUUUGUUUUUAUUACAAAUUUGCUAAGCAUGACUUCUUGUAAAUAUUUCAUCAUGUCACUCAGAGCUUUAGAAAAGAACACUCAGUCACAUUAUAUCAUAGCAUACCAAAAUAGGUGGACGGAGCUGCAGUGUGAAGAUGUGAACAUGUUGAAUAUUUAUUGCUGAGAGAGAAAUAUGUGAGUUUAACAGGGACAUGUAAUACAAUUUAAUAAAACCAUAAAUAUG